AUGGCUGAAAAAGAUUCAAGCUUUGACAAACCCCACAAAUCCGCUCACUCCUCACAGGCUGUUGCAGAGGAAUUGAAGGAGCUCUGGUCCAUGGCCCUCCCCAUAACCGCCAUGAACUGCCUCGUCUACAUCCGCGCCCUCGUCUCCGUCCUCUUCCUCGGCCGCCUAGGCAGCCUCGAGCUCGCCGGCGGCGCCCUCUCCAUCGGCUUCACCAACAUCACCGGCUACUCCGUCCUCGUCGGCCUCGCCUCCGGCCUCGAGCCCGUCUGCAGCCAAGCCCACGGCUCCGGCAACCGAGCCCUCCUCUCCCUCUCCCUCCACCGCAUGAUCCUCAUACUACUCCUUGCCACCGUCCCCAUCACUCUCCUCUGGCUCAACCUCGGGCCCAUCAUGCUCUCCAUGGGCCAAGACCCUGAAAUCACAUCCAUGGCCGCUACCUACUGCCUCUACUCUCUCCCUGACCUUCUCACAAACACCUUGCUUCAGCCCGUCCGGGUUUACCUCCGGUCUCAGGGGAUCACGAGGCCCCAAAUGUGGUGCACUUUGUUAGCCGUGGCUUUCCACGUGCCGUUGAAUUACUUUCUUGUGGUGGUCAUGGGUUUUGGUGUGCCAGGUGUUGCCGCAGCCUCUGUUUUGACUAAUCUGAAUAUGAUGAUUUUGUUAGUCGGUUAUGUGUGUGUGUCGGGGAUCAGGUGGGGGUUGGGGUUUGGCCGGUCGGGAGAUGUUGACGGUGGUGGGGUGGUGGGGCUGCUGAAACUAGCGGUGCCUAGCUGUGUCGGGAUAUGUUUGGAGUGGUGGUGGUAUGAGAUUGUGACUGUUCUGGCCGGUUACCUGCCGGAGCCAAAGCUGGCGGUGGCGGCCACCGGAAUUAUGAUACAGACGACAAGCUUAAUGUAUACUGUGCCGAUGGCCUUGGCGGGAUGUGUCUCUGCCCGAGUAGGCAACGAGCUUGGUGCUGGGAAGCCGCACAAAGCCAAGCUAGCAGCAAUGGUUGCAUUAGCCUGCGCAUUCGCAAUCGGCCUAUUCAACGUAAUGUGGACCGUAUUAUUCAGAAACAAAUGGGCUGGGCUUUUCACGGAAGACAACGGGCUGAAAGCUCUGGUUGCUUCGGUUCUGCCUGUCAUCGGGCUCUGCGAGCUAGGGAACUGCCCCCAGACGACGGGCUGUGGGAUCCUGCGCGGGGCUGCCCGGCCCGUUGUGGGGGCCCACAUCAACCUUGGCUCGUUCUAUUUUGUGGGCCUGCCCGUGGCAGUGGGCCUGGCCUUCGGUCUUGGAGUAGGUUUUGCGGGCCUGUGGCUCGGUUUGCUCUCGGCUCAGGCCGCGUGCGCGGUGUCGGUUCUUUACGCGGUGGUGAGCCGGACCGACUGGGAAAACGAGGCCUUGAAGGCCUCCAAGCUUGCUAGAGUUCAGAUGGGAUGCAUUAAAUGUGCAGAUGAUGAGGAGAAAAAAGGAUUGAUGGAUAUGGAGAAAUAA